AUGGCAGUAUGGCUGGUUUCGAGUGCCAGAUGUGCCGUGCACGGUUGCGACUUGGACAAAGCUUCCAAGGCGCCUGUGCGCCGCCGGAGUGAGGUGCGCUGCAUGGGGAGCCAAGCGCUCCAGCUGGGCGAAGAAGUGGUCUUGGCCACCCAGCUGGCAGAGCGCUUGGGCAUCGAAUGUGAGCCGUGGAUGGUGGUUUUCGUCAAGGAGCAGAUUCAGGAUGCUUACAACCACCUGGAGCUGGAUGUGCGCUUGAGUGGAACUGAGGAGCCCUCAGGUUCCGGUGACAAGGUGGUGGGCCGUGAAGCUGUUCAAGUGCCAAAGAGGGGAAAGCUCAAGAAGAUCCCCUUGUUAGCAGCGCCUGCUGGGCCGGAUGGUGAGUCGGAAGAAGACAAGGUGUAUCAUGGUCUGGCAGGCUUCGAAGACUGGCAGUGGCUGUCAUCCAGCCCCCUGGUGGAUGUGGUAGUGCGUGAUCUUCUGAAGAAGUUAGAAGAUGGGGCGCCUCCACGCAGGCGCGCACUGAGGAUUUUGUCCACUUUCGUGCCGGCUCUUGAGAGGCUGGUGCUGGACCAACAGAAGGAGGACAGGCUGAGAGCAGGUGCCUUUGUCAAGCUGUUGAAAGUGUGGGCCUCGCUUCGGUUCGAUGACGCUGCUCACAUGAGGGUUGACAUGGUUCGGUGCUAUGACAAGAAGAUGUCAGGCCUCUUGAGGAGGACAAAGACGACCGGCGGGGGAAAGCGGGUCAAAGAGCUCCCGUUCCAUGUGUCGGAGUGCGCAUGGAUAGACGAUGAUGAUUGGCUGCAGGUUGGUGUCGAGGUGCUGGGAAGUGCAGUGGGUAAGUCGCGCAGCUUCCUCAUUCCGGCAGGUGUGAGCCAAGGGCUCGGUGUGGGUGACUACGUGAUGGCAUACCAGGAAGCAGUCUUCUGGAGCACCGAGGUGAUGCAGGAGCUGAAGGACAAGAGUGGGGUGGACACCGGAGGGGUCCGAUCAGUAUGUACGUACGUACAAUGCUGUUGUCAGCAGGAUGCAGGCGAGCCGGUGAAAGCAGGAGAGGGCUGCCUGGCCUUCGACGAGGGGGCUGUCCUGGAAGACCUCAAGGUUUGGCUCUGCGAGAAAUGGCGGGUAGAUCCUGAGGAAGCCCGUACUGCAGUGGAUGAGUGGAAGGCCAAGCUUAGGCCCACCUCAAGCGUACGGCGCCGUGCUCCCGAUGGACAGGGGCGGCUGGGGAGCGUCUAUGAUGCGGAGCUGUUGAAGGCGGACAGCUCGAGCUCAUCGAGCGACAGUUCUUCCAGUAGCAAGGUGUCCGGGCGAAGUUUAGCGGAUCCGGCAGUACCUAUGUCGUUAGCACCCUGUAUGGAGAUUUGGCACCUCUUUGGAUGCACUAGGGAGAGGCUCUGGCAGCACCUCGACGGCAGCCUUCGGGUACUGCCGGGCUUCUUUGAAGCCAUGCCCGUGCCACCUCUGAUCGAUAAUGGAGGGAGAAGUGCCUGUGGAAGUGGGGCGGUGGCACUUCGCACCACCUCGGCGGAUCGGAAGGACGGUUUCGUGGUGGUCUUCAACCGCAUAGACCGUGGGAGGCUCCACAAGGCAGGUGGUGGCGGCUGCUGGAUGGCAAGGAGAAGGAAGUUCAAGAAAGCCGCCUUCUUCGAUGAUGAGCCGAGCGAGGACAACUACACGACUAGGACCGAGCCAGAGCCCGGAAAAGGUGCAGCUGAGUGCAGCGUUCUUGGGAAGCCCCAUGGCGCCCAUGGGCAGGAGUCGGGUCGCACCCGGGGGUCGCACCCCAUUCCUCCCAGGUCGCACCUGGGGGGAAGCGUGUCUGGUUGCAUAGGCUGGUUGUGCUUUGAACAUGUGUGGAUCGCAUCCGUAGGUGUUUCAAAGGGUUCAAGCCGGGGGGCAGCCAUGAGGGUUGCGCUCACGGAAGAACAGAAGGAGGAGGCCCUUAGAAGGGGCAAUGCGGACUUGAAGUUCCUAUUUGAGAGGAACGAGGUCCCGAGGGAUGUGAUAGCGGGGUGGUUCCACGCUGGGGUCACAACGCUGGAAAAAUUUGGGAACAUCGCAAAAGAUGUGAACGACCUGGUGGAUGUCCUGAAGGAUUACCUUGGGAUCGACCAGGCGGCUUCCUUGAAGGCACGAGUGCAGGUAGCCGCCGUUACCUGUGCUUGGACCAAUGCCAAGACGAGGAUUCAGCGAGCGGCUGAGAUGGAGGCUGAGCUGGCCGUGGGGACGCUGGAUGAGAAGGCCACACCAGCAAAGGAAUAUGUUGAAAAGAAGCUUCAAGAGGUAGAGUCAGGAGACUACCGGGCGGAAGAGCUGGCGGAAGUGGUGAGCAGAGAAGAGGUAGAACCAGACAGCCUCAUACCGCUGUGGGACUCGAAAGGGCCGGAACUGCAAGGGGGGUAUGUCAAAGUCUUCGAGGACUACAAGGAUUACCUCCUAGGCGAACAUGUCUUCGGGCUGUACGCCAGGGAUGCAGAUGGAAUGACGGUGGCCGCGCCACCGUUCCGCCUGGUUUUGGCCUACGAGCGGGCUAUACGGAAGGAAGCGGCGAAGCGGAUGAAUCAGGAGAGGCACUUCACGACCCCGUUGGCCUUGGUGGCGAAGCGGCCUAGUGCAGCCCAGCCGGCAGCAUCAGGAGAAUAUGGAGGUGUGAGGAAGCAAAGGUUUGAAGCCAAGGGUGGUAAGGACAAGGGCCGUGGAAAAGGAAAGCAGAUGCAAGGGUGCGCUUCGCACAACCGUGAGGGCACCCCGAUUUGUUACCGUUUCAACAUGGCCGGGGAAAAGUGCAAGCAAAAGAACUGCAAGUUCGCACACCAGUGUGGCAUAUGCUUCUCAGACAAGCAUGCCAUGUACCAGUGCACGGCAAACAAGAGGCGUCUUGCAAGGAAGUUUCACUGUGUGGUGGAAGUGCUUGAAGUGGACCUCCGGCAUAGCCGGAAAGCAGACUGCACGCAGCCCGCGGUGCAGCGAAAGUGGCUGCAGUUUAUAGAGGCAGGGCUGGCAGACGCUUUAGUCAUUACACCACCAUGCUCCACUUUUAGUCGAGCACCCUGGGCGAAUGAAGAUGGACCGUUCCCUCUGAGAUCUUCAGAGUGCUUGAGAGGUUUCACCUGGAACGCUGGAGAACGGCGCAGAAAAGCAGAGCUGGGCAAUAUCCUGGCGGAUUUCGCCUUCGAGGCGAUGAAGCGGCAGUUAGGGCACCCAGAUAAAAAGGCCUUCAUGGAGCAACCAGAAGACUUGGGGCGCACGAGGAAAGAAAGAGUCCCGGCGCAUAAACCGGGGUCCAUGUGGCAAUUCCCCCAGCAUCAGGUAUUACUCCAAAAAGAAGGAGUCCGGAGCGUAGUCUUUGCCCAGCUUGACUUCGGCUCUCCAAGCCCCUCCAUGCAGCAAUGUUUGAAGGGCUUCCACAACUGGACGCAGAGGGCUGGUAUCUUGGGCCUUUGUGACUGGGUCGCUACCCAGAUCCUGGCCUCGUUCCAGCAGAACAGUGAUAAAAGGGGCGGCCAGGAGAACAACCAGGAGAACAAAAAGAGGAGUCCCCCCGACGAAAGCCCCCCUGGUGAGAAUCAGCAUGGCUCGAAGAGGCAGAGGGUAGAGGAGCAGCGAGGAAAGGGCAAAGAAGAAAACACAGUGGGAAAUCGGAAGGAGAAAGCGCCCAGGCUGUGUGGCGUGGGUACAGCUGAGGGCAAAGCUGAGAGGCAGGUGGACUGGGCGCUGAAGUUCGAUCCACAUGAAGUAUGUAUGGUGGAAAAACCCAACUACCCCUCGGCAAGAGAGCACGAAGAGCAUCUGCGCCAACACCUUGAAGAGGAAGUGAGGGAGGGCCUUGUGGCCAAGAUGUCGAGAGGAGAGUUCGAAGCCAAGUUUGGUGAAGAAAGGGCGGUGGCUGCCCUGGCAGCCCACAGGCGCUUCAAGUACCGUGAGGAUGAGCAGGGGUAUCUCGCCUGCAAGGUGUCAGAGGAGGAUGACCAGAUAUACGUCAACAAGGUGGGCACUUUUGGGAUAACAUCCACGCCCUACUGGUGGUCCCGACUCUCUGGGGCCUUGCUGCGGCUGGGCCACUAUUUGGUGGGGCCGGUCCCGAUAGAGGCCCUGCUUUAUGCGGACGAUCUGGAAACUAUGGGCGUUGGGAAGGAAGGAAGAAAGGGCCAGGUUCUGAUGUUCGUCAUUUUGGCGGCACUGGGGUCCCCAUUUAAGUGGAAGAAGCAGAGAGGAGGAAUGGUGACGGAGUGGAUUGGGCUCACCACCGACUUUGGCGGGUAUGCACUUGGCCUGUCUGAAAGAAGGGCCGGCUGGCUGGUGGGCUGGAUGAGAAAGUUAUGUGAGAAGAAGCUGGUCAGCCCGAGGGAGUUCGCCGCUGGCUUGGGAAGGUUGGGCUUCGCUGCGACUGUGCUCUUGUGGGAAAAGCCAUUCCUUGGUCCCCUGUAUGUAUGGGCUGCAGCCAUCAGGGAACAGAGAGGAGAGGUCAUCCCCUGGGCCAUUUUGUCCAUUCUGGACUGGCUGAGCUCCAGGCUGGAAGAAGGGGGCAGAAUGGAGGCCGUGAGAGAGGAGGAGCUGGGUCAUGGUAAGGAGGUGACUUUUUACACCGAUGCUAGGGCCUCCGAGGUUGAAGCCUGCAUUGGCGGGCAUUUGGCAAUCUCACCCGACAAGAAGUUGUGCCCUAGGGCUUGGUUUAGCUUCAGGGUGGAUGAGGUCAUGGCACCAUGGCUGAUGAAGAGGGGUGGUAACCCAAAGAGGAUGAUUGCUGCGUUGGAGUUGCUCGCCACGUUGGUUGCGGUGAAGCUAUGGGGAGGUGGAAGAUCUACCGCCCUGAGGGCAAGAGCGAAAGCAUUUACAGACAACCGAGGGAAUGCCUUGGCGGUCUUGAAGGGCAUGAGCACGAAGUUCCCCCUCACCUUGCUAUUGAUGGAGCUGACAGAGGAGCUCAGAUCCAAGGAUCUAAAGCUGGACUUAGAGUGGGUGAGAAGAGAAGAAAAUGUAGAAGCAGACGCACUGAGCAAUGAAGACUGGAAGGACUUCAGUGAGGAGCUGAGAGAUGUGAGGAGACCAGAGGAGAUUGGAUGGAAAGUACUGGAUAAACUGCAGGUAAGAGGUGAAGAGCUCUACGUGCAGAUCCAGGAAUUGAAGGAGCAGCGCUCCAAGCGGAAAAGGGUUGCGGGCCUUGGCAAAGCUUGGGCCGGCACUCACUGGGAGGCCGUGGUCAGCGUAAAAAGACUGCGGAUAAAGCAUUGGCGUCUGCGGGCAGAGUUCUCGCAGGAUGAAGUUUUCGGCGAGGCGGUCGCGCAGUUUGUCGCUGUGUGA